ACUCCUCAAGACAAUAUAGCCUCGACCAAUCCCAAAUUUGGCGUGGGUACAGAGCACAAACCAAAGGCAACAGACCGCCACAUCACUCCACGGCAGCUCAAACCAGGGAUCACGCCAGUCCACGACACGCACACAACACCUUGGCAUUUCUAGGCUUUCGACUCUUGGCAGGCACCAGGAUACUCUCCCAGUCCUCCCAGUCCUCGUCCCCCCUGGUCCUCGUCCUUCAGCUCCAGCCCACCCUUCUUCCUGCGUGUCCACUCGCGACCUCGACUUUCUCCUCCCGAGCCCUGUCGUCGCCUUCUCUCGUGUCCACUCUGCCUGUUCGCUGCCGCUGCUCGAGUGUUGCGUGCGUGUGGUGGUGCAGUUCGGGGCGACAUGAGUACGGAGAAGGAGCGCGAGAGCUAUGUGUAUAUGGCGAAACUCGCCGAGCAGGCGGAGCGUUACGAUGAGAUGGUGGAGUCGAUGAAGAAAGUGGCGAAGCUUGACGUGGAGCUGACGGUGGAGGAGCGCAAUCUGCUGUCUGUGGGUUACAAGAACGUGAUUGGAGCCCGGAGGGCGUCAUGGCGGAUCAUGUCGUCGAUCGAGCAGAAAGAGGAGAGCAAGGGCAACGAGCAGAACGUGAAGCGGAUCAAGGAGUACAGGCACAAGGUGGAGGAAGAGCUUUCGAAGAUUUGUCAGGACAUACUGACGAUCAUCGACGAGCACUUGAUUCCGUCGUCGAGCACGGGCGAGUCAACGGUGUUCUACUUCAAGAUGAAGGGUGAUUACUAUCGGUAUUUGGCGGAGUUCAAGACCGGGAAUGAGAGAAAAGAAGCCGCCGACCAAUCUUUGAAGGCGUACCAGGCCGCGUCGAACACAGCUACGACGGAUUUGGCGCCCACGCAUCCGAUCCGACUGGGGCUGGCGUUGAAUUUUUCGGUGUUUUAUUACGAGAUUUUGAACUCCCCCGAGCGAGCAUGCCAUUUGGCGAAGCAAGCGUUUGAUGAGGCGAUCGCGGAGCUGGAUACGUUGAGCGAGGAGUCGUACAAGGACAGCACGUUGAUCAUGCAGCUACUAAGGGACAACCUGACUCUGUGGACGUCGGAUCUGCAGGAGGAGGGAGGUGACGACCAACCUAAGGGAGACGACAUGAGGCCCGAGGAGGCAGAGUGACGACGGGGAAUGUAAAUGCGGAGGAAGGUCGUGACGUGGUCGGGUCGGGUCGGGCGAUGUGCGGCUGCGAGCUGGACAUUGUCCGUUAUUGGUCUUUUGCGUAGGUUGUGGUGUGUGAAGAGGAGCUGUGCAUAGUGUUUUGGGAAAAGAUGCUAAAGUCUAAGGGAGCCAAGUAUUGAAAGGAAGGAUGCCUUCAAACACUGGUGUUCGGUAAUAUAUGAUAAGAUGUGGGAGCGGGAUGGUUGUUGUCCUUGCUGCGCGGUUCGCCAA